AUGGGCGGUCGACGUUAUGGAGAGAUCGUUACCCAACGUCAGGGGGCGGGCAGUCCGUGGAUACGAAGGGGCAGUUCCCGACCCCCGCACACCAUUUCGUCAGUGGGCACGAGCGCUAAAGCGAGAAGGACGCAGUUGGGCGCAGGGUUGCGGAGUUGCUUCGGGGUUGCCCGACGUCAGUCGCAGGCUCACCAUAGAGUUCAGUGGAAACCAUUGGACAGUCGACGGCGAUGGGACGAUGAUGUAGGUGGUUGUCCAGAAAAGGCCAGAAAACAACAGCAGCCGGUAGCUUCUGAGGUCCGGGGGAUAGACGACAAGCGCAGAGUCGGUCGUUUGCCUUGUGACCCAAGCGGAGACACACAACAUGCCGGUGGCGCAGCUGUUCGCAGCCCCUAUUCUGAUUGGAAUUCCCGACGACCAUGGAACAAGGCUGACUUGAAGGCGCAUAAAUACGGACCGUCGCAAGGUGGAGGUAAAGACAAUCUUCCCCACAAUCAGCAGCACUAUCUGAUCAAUCCCUUCAUCACAAUGCCAGGCAAACACGUACACUUUGCGGACGCGUUCCCCGCGACGCCUUCACCAUCGUUCUCGGUGAAUUCCCUGCCCUCUACUUCCGGGCCGUAUACCCCCCAAUCGGUAUCUUUGGGGUACCUCCCACUCCCUCCUACGUAUUCGGGGGUUUUCUCAAUCCACCCAGUCUUGAAGUACUCUACGAGCCCAGUAUUGGCUUUUGAUAUUUCCCUACCGACAACCUCCAUUCAACCCCGCGAUCCAAACGUUACCCCAUACGUCCUCGCGCAACCAGCAACCGAGCCUCCCCUCCCAUUUCUGGAGAUUACGGCUCCUGGCCUUCCUUGGAAGAUCACGAUACACCCAGUUAACAAGAACACACCUGUACCAAUCGUCACCGUUGCAGACGUUUUGCACGGCAUCUACGCGUCUCUGCGACUGCCAAUAUCACAGGCAGAGUACAACCUCAUUCCUUCGGAGCAAGCACGCUCUCGCAUCAAUGACGCAUAUCGCUAUCGUUGCAAGCGCCUCGCAGACCCCCAAGCGGUCCAGAAUACCACUGGGUUGGAAUGUCCGGCGUUGCCGAAGGUCCGGCAGAGCGGCAGCGUCCUAUACCAGAAUCCGAACGCAUUUAGCCCACCGACUGCCGGACCACCCCUGCCGGACGCCCGGACCGACAGACUGCCGGACAUUCCAAUUCCGAAGUGUUCUCAAGCGGUCGAGAGGGAGUCGAAGAAGGGCAUCAAGCGCAUCGAUUUCCUGACGGAGAACACCACUUUCAUGGGAUUGUCGAGCACGAAACACGGAGGGCAUGUUUGGCAACUCAACCUUUCACGAUAG